UAUAGAUGUUACACAAGUGAAAUAGAACAAUGAUGCAAACAAAUUUCUCAAAUAAUCUUUUUCUUGCUGCGAAUGCCGAAACAAUGUUAGCAAAUACAUGUUCACAUCCGAUGGUCUUGGGAUCAAUCUGCAUCAACUGCCGUCACGAAGUUUCCGAUCAGCACUGCCUGCGAUUUGAUUACAUAAUUCAUGGUUUAAAGUUAACCAAAACCGAAGUUGAUUGGAUGCGUAAUAUGGAGACAGAUAUUCUUUUGAGCAAGAAGAAGUUAAUCUUGGUUCUAGAUUUAGAUGAGACAUUGCUUCAGACCACUCGAGAUUCGGUAACCGAAUACAUAGAAUCUUUGCAAGAUGUUAUUAAGGUAAAAUUGCCAAAUUCCUAUUCUUGCACCGUCAAGUUGAGGCCGUUUGUUCUUGAUUUCCUCGAACAAGCUAGUACCAUGUUCGAGUUGUACGUCUACACUAACUCUCGUCAAGCUUACGCGACGGAGAUGGUGAAGUUGCUCGAUCCUGAUAAUAAAUAUUUUAAUUCAAGACUAAUUUCGCGAGAUGACAGUACCGAAUCGGGUACAAAGAAUCUCGACAUAGUGAUGGGGCAAGAAAGGGCGGUUGUUAUUCUUGACGACAGAACCGACGUGUGGCCAAAUCACAAUGCUAACGUGAUUCAAGUUCAGAAUUACGAGUACUUCUCUCCGAGAGUCGGUAAGUUGAAGAGUAAAUCUUUUGCAAGGAGAAAAACGGAUGAAGAUAUAAAAAUAAUGGAAACAUAUUGGGAAAUUUUGAAAAGUGUACACAGUCAGUUUUUUUAUGAUGAGCAUGAUGAUCCUGGUAGUAGAGAUGUUAGGGCUAUAAUGAGGGGAGUUCAAGGUGAAAUUCUGAAUGGGUGUAGAUUAAUAUUAAGAAAUAAUUCGACCGACAAGAAUCAAAUUCUUGAGGUUCAGAGGAUGGCUGAAAAAAUGGGUGCAAUUUGUGUUUUAAAAAUGGAUCCGUCUGUAACUCAUGUUGUGUUCAUGGAGGCUAGACCAGAAGAUGACGGGCUUGAAUUAUUGGCAAACAAGAAGAAGAAGAAGAAAAGGGCGUAUCAUUCAGUUCUUUCACGGUGGAUAUUUGAUUGCUAUAAAUUAUGGCAUAAAUUGCCUUUUGAGGAUUACAUGGCAUAGCUAAUGAGCAUAUGAUCAUGAAUUAGCACUACUUUUAAA